AUGGACGAGAAGGAAAAGCUCCUAUACGCUGAGAAUCUCAAACGAUUCGUAUUUUUUGGCAUAGCUGUCUCUACUGUCGCCACAUUCACUGCUAUUGUUGCUGUACCUUUAUUAUGCCUAUACCUACAGAAUGUACACUCUGGAGUACAAGAAGAGAUACUUUACUGUCGCACAAAAUCAAGUGGAUUGAGAGGGGAAUACGUAAGGGUGAGGAGUUUACAAAAUGAAUUUCUCAUUUUGUAUAUCUACUUCGCAAAAUUAUCAAUUCAUCUUAUGCUAAAUUUUAUUUGAAA